GGCCACUUAACAUACUACGCUAUCUAAAUACUAUUUUAGCAUUAAACAGCAAAUACGCAACAACAACGACAAGAAUAACAACAAAACGAAACGGUACAUCAAAUGUAUAAUCGGCAGCCAACAAGUUGUUUGCUGUUGUGCUCUUGCUGUGAUUCCAACUGACCGACAAAUUCGUUUCUGCCCGUUCAUUGCGAGAGACUGUGUCAAGUGUGAAGUGUAGAUACGUGCGUGCAUAUUAUUGUUUUUCAACUUCUUUUUUUUGUUUCUUUUGUUUUUGAUUUGUGUGUUGUUUUUACGCUUGUUUCUUCUUGCAUUGCAUCGGCUUUUGUCGCCUGGCGGUCAAGAGACAGAUACGUUUAAUCCCAAUCCAAAUUCCAUUCCGUUCGCGAACCGCGACUCAUUUGGCAAGCAAGAGGAACACAUAGACGGCGGAACGGGAGCGGCAACCUGCUGGUCGUGAUAAAAAGCGCUGCGCUAGUAUUCAUGGGGCAUGGAAAUGAAUCAUUCUAUUCGGCCCGACUCGUUCCCGUACUAAAAUAAAAUAAAAAAAGAAGAAGAAUAAGAGAACGAGCGCCAAUCAUAAAUAAAUAAAGUGUAUGUGCCCAACCUAAACGAAACGAUAAGAGUAGUUACAAAUACAACCCCGACUCCGACUCGGACCCGCACCCGGACUCGUACCCUCUACUCGCACCCGAUCCAGUUCACGUUCCCGGAUUUCCUAUGCAUCCACUGCAUACCAUUUAUACCACAAAUGUGCGCAACUAGUCGCAGUUGCAGUUGCGCGUAGGCUGUCGCUAAUGUGGCCAAUGAGUGCACUUCGUUUUUUUAAUGUGUGAGUGCCUGCGUGUGUGUGAGUGCCGCGCACAGGUUGAACGAUUUCGUGUUAAAUGUGGGCCAACAUCGACAACAAACAGCGACACAAAUUUCGCAUAAUUGCAUAGAAAUUUACAGCUGUCCAGCGACAAAAGCGAAAGUCCUUGGUCAUGGAACAGGCGGGCACGCAGACGCGUCCUGUGCCGGCGCCGCGUCGCCUCUACCCGGAGUUACGCGCCGCCAACUACGAGAAUAUCGAGAUCAAUGUGGGCAGCAAUGCCAGCCGCAGCCCAGCGAACUGUAACAACAACAACAGUGCCAACAACAAUGCCAACAACAACAACAACAACAACAACAUCAACAUCAUCAGCAGCAAUAGCAAUAAGAUGAAGCUAAACAUUAACGCAGAGAAUCUGCAUGGCAGCUGCGCGGAGAAGAAGCUGCCGGCCAGCGGGCAGAGCAAACUAAUACUGCAGGAGCAGAAUGUGGAGCAGCCGAUAUACGGGCCAGAUGCCAAUGAGAAUGUGCCCGCCGAGCCGUUAUAUGCCAUGCCCAUGCCGGCGCCCAGGCAGCGAGCACGGGCCGAGCUGCUACCGGAGAUGACGGAGGAGAUGGCCGAGCAGGGGAAGAAACAGGAGCAGCAGGCGCCAGCAGUGCCCUUGGUGAUGCGAGCGGCACCACAGGUGCCAUCAAAGCCGCUGAACAUUGAGCAGGAGCGACGCAGGCCCGACCGCUGCUCCAUCUCCAGCGAAUUCUCAACGACGAGCGCCAGCGGUGCGAACGGCCAGCCGGAGAACGAUUCACGCUACACAUCCAGUGGGUCGCUGAACUUCAGCGAGAGCUCGCAGAGCAACAAGUUCAAGUCGCCGUCACCCGGGUACGUAGACGAGGGCGAGCAAGUGGCUGAAGAUCAAGAGCAAGAUCAUGGGCGUGAUCCGGAGGCCGAACGCGCCGCCUCGUCCGAUCAGUCGGAGCUAUCCGCCAGCUGUGACGAUGACAAAAAUUUGCUUCGUUCGCUGGGCAACACCUCGAAGCUACUCGGCGAGGCGAUUGGCGAGCGGGUGGCCUUCAAGGCAAAGGGCGCCAAGAAGCGUCUGGACAAGAAUCUGAAGAGCUCCACGGAGGCCAUAAGCAGUCUGAGCGCAGACGCCAGCAGCCGGCUGAAGCACGCCAGCAAACGUUUUGGCUCCAAUUUCUCGCUGGGCAGGCGGGACAAGACAACGGACACUGGUGCCUUAUCCGAGUUGGAGCAACAAAUGGAGCUGGAUCGACGCUGCACCAUGCCCAACACGGACGUCUUCAACACGAUACAGUUCAGCAGUCCGCUGCAUCGCAAUGCCGUCGGCGGUGGCCAUACGGAUCUCAGCGGCAGGAGUGGCGUCGUAGGCGUGCGAUACGGCAAGCAAGCGUUUCCCAAUGAGCAGGACUACGAGGUGCCCAAGUCAAAGCCGAAGCCCAAAAUAAAGUCCAAGCCGCCCAGCUACGAUGAGGCGCUGCGCGCUCGGCCCGCGCCACAUCUGCCCAUGGCCAAGAAUCUAGCGCAGGAAGCCGCACAGCUUGUGCAGCUGCGCAAUCCCCAACCGCAGCGCCAGUCCAGCAGUGGCGAGUCGACAGGCGAGGAGCUGCCCAUGCCGACCUAUCCGGCGCCGCGUCUCUCGCAACAGUUGGACGUAGUUCAGCCUCCGGCGCGGCAUAAGCGUCGCAAGAACUAUGAGAACAUCCAACUGCGUCGACCCAAUGUCGACUCGGCAGAGCUCCAGGAGCUCAAUCGGGUGGCAGCUGUGGCCGAGCGCGAAGAAUCGCUGCUCAUUUCUGCCAACAUCGCCGUCGAGGAGGCCCGUGCGCCCAAGCCCGAGCGCAGCGAUUCGUGGCACUUCUAUGGGGACGCCAAUGAGCCCGACGCCGAGCCGGAGCCGCAGCCAGACCCGGAAUGUGAGUUCUGCUCUUCACCGGAGCCACUGUAUGCCAACCAGGAGGCCACCUAUGGAAAGAUCUUCGAGCUAGCCACCAGUAGCAGCAGCCGCAGUAAGGUGCUAACGCCACAAGUGGAGUUGGCCUGCAUCAGCGAGGAUGGGGAGUUGGAUAGCAACGAUGGGGCCGUAGGGGGCUGGUCGCCGCCGCAGCCGCCGCCGCCAGAGCUGAUCGAGGAGUUCGAUCCGCUGAUGGGCAAAUGCUCAACGCUGGCCCGCUCCACCAAGAGCAACGAGCUGCUGCUGCUCGAGCAUCUGCUCGAGGAGGACACCUACGGCACCAUCAAGCGCGAACAGGAUGACGUGAGCAUGUGCACCUCCGAGGAGGACGGACGCAGCGAAGCCCCAGCAGCGAAUGGCAGUGCAGCAGCAACAACAUCGGCUGCUGCAGCAGCAACUGCGGCACGCAACCAGCCGCAGAUUGUGCACCAAAACGCGCAGCUGCUCAGCGACAGCAUGGAGAAUAUGCUGGACGAUGCGGACUCACUAGACAUCUCGGAGAUACGUGCCCGGCCCUACCUCAGUCGCCUCGAGGAGAAGCCAACGGCAAAUCAGGCAACGGUUGAUCUGGCAGCGCCAUCGCGCAAUCGCACCAAUUGGUUUGUGGGCGACAAGUCGCAGACGCAUAUCGAGGGCGACAGCCCGCCAACCUACUUGGAGGCCAUUGGGGGCGACGGCCUGCCCGUGUCCAGCUCGGCCACAGGCGCUGGCAGCUCUGAGUCGAAAAACACAUUCGGCUCGCGCUUUCGGCAGACGAUGAAUGCCUUCUCGAAUGUUAAGUUGCGCGUGGAUGCCAUGAAGCGGCGGGCAAGCUUCAAAGGCGCCGCCCAGCGGCAGUCGGACGUGAAGGUGGCUCUGCAGAUGGUGCCCAGGCCGAGCCUGUCGCCGCUGCUGGUUCGCUACGAGGGGCCGUUGGCGCGCUUUCCGUCGGGCGUUGUCGAGGACAUACUGAAGGAGAUGCAGAACCGCAAGGCCAUAUUGCGGGAUCGACAGUUCCAGACGUACCUCGACCAGGAGAUGAAGACGCCCAAGGAGCUCAUUCCACUGGACACCAUCACGACGAUACAGUGCGUCAGCAACAGCCGCGUAACCGACAGCGCGACGCAUUUCUACUGCUUUGAGUUGACCACAUCGCAGCCAAAGAACGGAGCCAGUGGCGUCGAUGGCAUGUCCUCCAAUCCCAAUCUCCUCAUGACAUCCAAUGCCUGCGGCAAUGUCAAGCAGCUGCGUGUCGCCCAUCUCUAUGGCGUUUGCAAAGAGUCCGAGCGCGGUGUCUGGAUGCAAAAGAUACUCGAGAGCCUCACGAACAUUGUGCCCGUGAAGUACACCUGCCACUACUAUCGCGCCGGCUGGUGCUACUUAAAGAAUUCCAUCACCUCCGAGUGGAGCGGCACCUGGCUUGUGCUGCGCAAGAGUCAGCGUCGUCUCAUCUUUGUCAGCGAAUGCAAUGGCAACGUAGAGAAAAUGGACUUGAGAAAGGCGCGCUGCAUAGUUCUGAAAGAGAACGAUGAGUCGAUUGACAAUCUGCACGUGGAGAGCGGACCAAUUCUGAUGAUCGACUGCCCGCCGUAUGCUGUCUACAUGAUAAUGAGCUCGGCACGCGAGACAAAGAUCUGGCGACACAUCAUCCGGGAGGUGGCGCACAAUAACGGCUUCUCGCUGGGCGAUCAGCAGCUGACGCGCUACGACGUGCCCGUGAUUGUAGACAAGUGCAUCAACUUUGUGUACAUUCAUGGGUCCAUGUCGGAGGGGAUUUACCGCAAGUCUGGCUCGGAGAACUCCAUGCACAAGCUGAUGAGCGCCUUCCGUGCUGACGCCUUCAACGUGGAGAUCACGCGCAACGAGUACAACGAACACGACGUGGCCAACGUGCUAAAGCGCUUCAUGCGCGACCUGCCGGAAAGGCUGUUGGGCAAGCUGACGGACAGCUUUGUGUUCGUCACCGAGCUGGCUGUGGCCACCGAGAAGAUACCCAUCUACAAGGAGCUGCUCAGCCGCCUCAGCACCAUUGAGCACGAGACGUUGCGCCGCAUUGUUGGCCAUUUGGUAUUCAUCAGCUCGCAGCAGAGCAAGAACAAGAUGAGUGUUCAGAAUCUGACCAUGAUAUGGGGCCCAACGCUGCUGGCCAAGAAGUGCGACGAGCUUAUCUACUCCCAGAAAGAGGCCGAUGUGCUCAGUGAUCUGAUUGUGCUUUACAAGAAUCUGUUUCCCUGCGGAGCCGACGAAAUGAAAAAGGAACAAGCGAUGUUAAUGUGCCUACAAAAAUACUAUGCUGCCGCCGAGACACUAAAGGAUGCUGUAAAGCAAUCGGGUGACAUCAAGAUUUGGAUAAGUCUCAAUCCUAACCCGGACAAUACCACAGAGGAGAAGACUCAGGUCAAUGCCACAAUUUCACCCACAAAGACCGCCUAUGAGCUGUGCCGCGAGUACUCAGCCAAGAUGGGCCUGGCAACGCAUCAGUUGACGCUGUAUGAGGUUAUACUUAACGACAGCCUGGAACGGCCGCUGCACCACGACGCCAAGGUGUUCGAUGUCAUAUUGAAUUGGUCUUACUGGCCGGAGGAGGAUCGCAAGCACAAUUAUCUGGUGGUGCGACCCAUUGAGAUGCUGCGCGAGGUGCAGCGCGCCAUCAAGAAUUUGGCAACGGUGACGCCUGGCAAGGAGCUGCGCUUCGCCGACUACCGCACCAAGUCCUUCAAGCCGCUGCAGUGCGAAUUGCGCGAUGGCAAAAUUGUUGUCUCCAAAAAAGACAAAAACGACAAGACGAGCAUUGUCCGAGAAAUCUUUCUCCAUAGCUCCACGGCGUACUUGGGAUGCGAGCGCAAGCGCGACUUCCCCUGGAGCUGGGCCAUCACGUUCGUGGAGCGCACGCAAGCGCAGAUUAUGCGGUCACGCGAUGCACCCUUCAUUGGACACGUGCUGGCGGGCAGCGAGUGGGUCGAUCGAACCAUCUGGUAUUCGAGCAUUUGGUACUGUCUAUACGGCGAAAACAUACUGCCGCCCGCAGAGAUUAUCAUCAAGUGAAACCCGAACAGCCAAGCAUUCGCCAAUUGCCAACCUAAUCUGCCUGCACUAGCAUUUAAAUGAUAGUCAGUCGAGCUUGCAAUUUUCCAUGUUCCCAUUAGCUCUGCACUCUUUUGUGUGGCAUACUUUUGGCUGCAGCAUCGAGGGGCAAUCCGCAGCUUUUGUUUGCUAAUUUAACUAUUAUACAGUCCGCAAAGUAUGCAAUGCAAAUGGUUCUGCAGAAUUCACGUGAAAUGGAAUUUUCAAGCAUGCCUGGAAUAUUUUUAUUAAAUUUUUUUUUGUACUAUUUAAGCAUAGUUUGCAAUAUCGCUUAGUACGUAAGCGCGUUAUUUUGUAGAUAUUUGGAAUUUAUUUUAGCUACAUACAUAGGUACUUUUAUACCAGCGAGCACAUACAUAUGUUAUGUAUACACUCCGUCGCCGUAUUUUUUAUCUCUACUCAAAUUCGAUUUUUUCACAACGAUCGCGAUAGCAAAUGUGCAAAACUUGUCAAAAGGAAGUUGUCAUUUGUGUAUUGCGAGGAAUAAAAAGGAUCUAAUAUAGACUAAAUUUAGAUAGUUUAAUAUGUGAGCAUGCAUUACUCCAAAAUUGCUACCCACUGCGAAUAGCCAGUCCCCAUUUUACAACUAUUCGGAGCUCGGCUUGUCGACAUCCGCAUUUAGAUUAGCCUAACUCCUUCAUCACAUCUGUGUACUUAUGAGUAAUCUGCCAAAUUCGAAAUCUUUCUAAGAACUAUGCCAUUUAUCUUCAACCUAGCUAGUUCUUUAUGGAUGCAGAUGUGCCUAUAGGACCUUCAUCUAUAUAAGUGGCUCCUUAAAAUAAAUAUAAACUGGCAUUCAGUUUACUUCGCUCUUUCCAACCACAACCAUAUUCUUAAUGCUACUCUUGAUUAUAUGACUUUUUACCAAUUAUAUAUAUAUAUAUAUUUAUUUAUGUGACUAUCAAGACCAUUCGGAUUGUACGCACGCACUAUAACCAUAUGGAAAGUACGAAAAAAUCAUAUAAUGCACCCAACAUAUUUAAUUGCCAAUGCAAGACGAUAUUAUAUGAAAAU